AUGUUUGCAAUUUCAACGCAAACGCCAGGUCUCAAACCCACGGCGUCAUCAUCAGCUAACUAUUCAUCAGAACGGUUGUCUCCUGCCUCCACUUCCUUUCAAAAGCGCUGUGGUUCACAAGGCAGUCCAUUUUCGUCAAAGCAAAGUUCUUUUCUAAGAGGUCAAUUUCAUGUUAGACGCUUCCUUGGACUCAAUCGAACCGGACGAAGAAGAAAAAAUGCAGGUGUUGUGGUAUCACCAACUUGUGUUCUUCCACUUACCGAAGAAAAUGUUGAGAAGGUUCUAGAUUUAGUCAGGCCAGGCCUAAUGGCAGAUGGAGGGAAUGUGGUACUACACGAGAUCGAUGGCCUAGUUGUAGUUCUUAAGCUUCAAGGAGCAUGUGGAUCUUGUCCAAGUUCAACAAUGACACUUAAAAUGGGAAUUGAAACUCGUCUUCGGGACAAAAUCCCUGAAAUAAUGGCAGUAGAGCAGAUUCUUGACUCUGAGACUGGUCUGCAGUUAAAUGAGGAAAAUAUUGAAAAGCUUCUUGGAGAGAUUAGACCAUACUUGGUAGGCGCCGGUGGUGGAGAACUGGAGCUUGUUCAGAUUAACGACUACAUUGUUAAGGUUCGGCUGAGUGGACCGGCGGCAUCUGUGAUGACAGUUCGUGUAGCUCUUACUCAAAAGUUGAGAGAUGCAAUACCAGUUAUUGCUGCUGUUCAGUUGAUAGAAUGAAGAAAAUGCUCAGCCAUACAGCGACGUUUUCCUGCAAGAAUUUCAGCAGUGUAGCUACUUGUUCUAUCUUUACAAUAUCAUUUUUGCCUAUUUGGUAUACAUGUAGCAUUCUUUAUCCCUUGACUAGUUCUUACCCUAUCGCAAGUAACAGGGGAGUUGUGAAGUUCUCGUCGACUCAUUACGUGCCAAGUAAUGGGAGACUUCACUUGGACUUUCCCAAAUUGUAAGUGAAAUGGAUUUAAAGAUACUUGAGGAUAUUCAAGAACUGUAAGGUCUAGUUCAUAAUA